AUGGAAAAUCUGAAGUCAUCUUGUUUAUCAUUCAAUUUUAGUUGUUAUUUGGCCCUCAUCGACUAUACGCCCUUGGACGUCACCUGUCCUCCUAACUGGACACAGCACCCCACCUACAAGAACUUGUGUUACCGAUUGGGGACAAAACAAGUUAAGUACAGUUCCGUCGACGAAGAAUGCAGCGCCCUGCUAACUGGAGCCACAGUGGCCAGUGUUUACAACGUAGGCAUCCACAAGUUCCUCGCCGACUCUGGAUUCCUGUCAACGGGCCUAGAGUACUAUACCGGCUUAGUGAGGGAGGGAUGGAGAUAUGUAUUUUCUGAACUGAACAGUGAACCUCUGGGAGAUUGGAAUGAGUGGGGAUCCAUCCCCUGGUACAAAUGCAGUCUAUAUGAAUACAGAGCCAGUGAAUGGAAAUGGAAAACAAACAACUGUAAUAAGGUCCGGCUUUAUAUAUGCCAAUACAUUGUACCCACCCCAGGAACUAUACCUGUUGUGUUGGUGGACGGCGACCUCAUGUCGGGGCGGGCAGAGAUCUUCACCAACGAUAUGUGGGGGACGCUUCAAGAUUCUGCCUUUUCGGGAACGGGGAUUGAAAUCUGUGAGGCAUUGGGAUACGGGUUUGUGGGCACUCGGAAUUGUGCAGGUGUGACCUGUGGCACAGGCAAAGUCUGGUACGAGAGGGUUAACUGUGCUUCCGGGGCAGCCGUAUCUUUCUCUAAUUGUUUGACCGGUUUGACACCGUCCGAUUCCGAUGACCAUUCUAAGGACCUGAUUGUCCAGUGUCAAGCUCCGGAGCCAACAACCGCUCCAAACCCGAUUUCAACGAUGCCAAUAACCUCUGACAAUAACGUCACGGGCUGCAACUGCACUGUGACAGUUUACGUAACACCGGCGUCAUCAGCAUGCUUGACAGGUAACAAUACAGCCAAUCCUAACACCACCAAAGUUAGUGUCGUGUACGACGCCCUGCCAACCUUCAACGCAAAAGAUACAGCCAAAUAUUCAAUGAGGACGCGGUAUGACAACCGAGCGUCUGCAAAAGCCAUGGGAUCAUUCGGCAUACUCAUUAUCAUUGGACUCAUGUCCUUCAUUGUGGUGAUAGAUUUAUGGAGUGUGGGAAUGCGGACGCUUCGGCUGAGGGGACUUUGCAAAGGACUUUGUAAGAAGAAAAAGAGUGUAAACACGGUGUCUAAGAAAAUUAUCAGAAUAGAAAGACUAUUGGAACCCAAGAACAAAGAUGCACGUAGUUCUUUGUCCACCAAAAAAUCACUGACAAAAGCCAGCAUUAACCACAAAGCCAAGACAUCUUAUGUAGAGAAAAAUGUUAGCAUUAAUCAAACUGCUAAGACAUCUGAUGUAGAGAAAAAUGUCAGCGAUAACCAAACUGCUAAGACAUCCGGUGUUGCAAAGACAUCCGAUGCUGUUAAAAUAUCCGAUGUUGCUAAGACAGCCGAUGUCAGCACUAACCCAAAUCCAAAUUCAACCGAUUCUCAGAAAAAUGACAUGAAAAUUGAAUCUUCAGCUUAA